GAUGUAUUGGUUUAGACAUUUUAAAAUAUAGAAAUUUUUAUACAUAGUACCUAUAACGAAAAAGGGAUUUUUUUCAAAUAAAUAAAAUCGAAUUGUAUUGACAAAUUCACGCAAACAUUGUAUACCUAUAUAUAUGUACAUAUUUAACAUCUUUUCUUCAUCACUUUCAAUGUGGGUAUUUCAAGGUCUUCGACCUAAACUUUUGGUGACGUUUCUUUUUAGGAAAUAUUUGAAAUUACUCUCACUUAUAUACAUAAAUUUAGGUACAUUUCGUAUAAAAAAAGUCCCUUUCGCUGAAUCAUUUCAUAUAUAUUCCUAAUCGGUUCAAGAGAGUAGUAGAAAGAAAGCAGUUAAAAUGUAUCAUUAUUAUAUUGUACAAAUAAUAAUUUAUGGAAUUGUACAAUUUAUCUCCAUAUCAUCAACUGACGGACUUGAAGUACAAAACUAUACUCAAGCAGACGGGUUUCUUUUCGAUGGCCCCGCAGAAAGAUCUCCUACUAAUAUUAACGAGAAUUUAAAUAAGUUUCAACUUUCUGCAAUCAGUACUUCUGCUCCUGGAACUAAUUUUGGUAGACGUAAAAUAAGCCAUAUAAGCACUUUUCAACAUUGCCUCAAAAGUUGUCAGUCAGAUCAAGAUGAGAGGAAACCAGUUUGCGGAAGUGACGGCUUAACCUAUGAUAAUGCAAAACAAGUGCAUUGUGCACGAAUGUGCGGUAAAUUGGUUCAAAUAAAGCCUUGCAAUAAUGAAGUGACAACUAUUGAGACAACUAUUCAAUCUUCAUUGCUAGAUUCUAAUUGUAUAAAGAAUUGCUCAUCGAAAACAUCAGAUAACUACAAUCCAGUUUGUGGCGAUGGAGUUACUUACGACAAUUCGGAAAUUGUAUCCUGUAUUCAAAAUUGUGGAAAAAGUAUAAAAGUUGUUUCUCCGGGAAUAUGCACUUACAGCGUAUAAUAUUUUUUACUUUCCAAAAAAAUAAGGUACAAAAAUGAUUUUAUAACAGUUUGCUCCCUCACGAAGAGUUAAAACAGAAAAGCAAGCAGAAAAGUUAUCCAAAUAGUCACGUUUUUAAAAUUUUUAUUAUGUCAUUAAUAACUCGACGGUACAUAAUUAACAGAUGACAAUACGCUAAGGAGCCAGCGGCUUCGGUCGAAAGAGUAGCAAUUCUUUGUUUUCAUGACAUCAGUAUCCAUCACGAUCCUAUCUCUAGCUCUUCCGUUGAUUGAGAAUAUGCUCCUUAAAAAUAAAGUGAUUUACAAUCAGGAAGAGCGAAAAAGAAUAUAUAAUUAAUUACAUUAUUUAUAUUGAAGAUGCACAAGGACAUCAAAGUCAUCUGAAUGUAAUCAAUUAAUUAUUACUUGCAAUAUGCAAGUUGAGUGAAAAACAAAAUCGUAAUUUUUAUUUUUAGAAGUUUUAUUUAGUCAAUAUUUUAAUGCAUGAACAUUAUAUAAUCUUGAAAAUGUAUAAUUUUCUCACAAAAGUGGAAAAGAGAAUCAAUCGUACUUGUAAAAUUAGUAUAGGUACUUUUUUAAAGUUUAUGUGAAAAUAAACACAAAUAUAGUUUUAUCGUGUAUGAGUGUUUAAUGAACAGUUUCAUUCUUUCAUUAAAACAUAAUAAUAAGAGAAAAAAUUAAUUUACCAUAUCGAUAUAUUCGAAGGUUGUUAAACUACAAUUUUAGGUACAUUUACCAAUUCUCAAUUAUACCCAUUGCGUCGGUUGUGGUUGGUUUCGCGCAUAAAUUGUCAAUUUCGUAAAGGAGUUUUGAAAUAUAGAAAUAUCUAUUUAUUUUUAGUCACUUAAAUUGCAAUAAAUAUAUUCUUAUUUAAAGACAUGUACCGUUCGCCAUUGUUCAAUAAAUACAGUAUUUACUAUUUA